AGCAUUUUAUCUGCUCUAGAAAUCUUUUGCUUACUCCAACAAUGGCGCUCUCAUCGUCGCCGAUUGUCUCACCGUUAAGUGUAGACAUCAACACCAAACUCUUCGCGUCUUCUCAUACUCUACCUCUUUUAAAUAGCUUUCCCUCCAAAAAUUUCUGUCACCGACCGUCCAUCGUCGUCUGCUCUCAAAAAUCGGAUAGUGGAUUGUUGAGUGCGAAGAAGAAGGAGCUAUUCGAGCGAUACGGUCUUGAUCCUAAUGACUACUUAUCAGAGGAUUCUCCUAAGACAAGGAGGAGGAGUGAAGAGAAAAAGACCCAGAGAGCAAAGCAAGUCCCAGAAGAGGAUCCUAAGCCACCAAGGACCACCCACAGGUUGCUUCAGGUGCUUGGAGGAAAGGCUAAAAGAAAGAAGUUGCUGUCACCGAAAGGCAUGGAUGUGCGGCCAAUGAUGGAAGUUGUAAAAGGAGCAGCAUUUGACAUCUUGCAGGCAGCUGGUGGGUGUCCUGCAUCUUUAAGGCCUGGUCGCUGGUUAGACUUGUAUAGUGGCACAGGUUCUGUCGGUAUCGAAGCUAUCAGCCGAGGAUGUUCUGAGGUGCAUUUUGUUGAGAUGGAUCCCUGGGUUGUUGAAAAUGUUCUACAACCAAAUCUGGAAUGGACUGGAUUUGAUAAUGUUUCAGUUAUACAUGCCAUUUGUGUUGAAAGCUUUUUAGACCGUGCAGACCAAUUUGUAGGUAGAAAUGGGCCAUUUGACUAUGUUAGUGUUACGCCUCCAUACAUGGAAGUUGAUUAUGGGGUACUGAUGAAACAAAUUUCUCAGUCAGCCAUAAUUGGAGAAGACACAUUUAUUGUGGUGGAGUAUCCUCUAAGAACUGAAAUGUCAGAUUCAUGUGGUUGUCUUGAAAAGAUAAAAGACCGGCGAUUUGGUCGUACUCAUUUGGCAAUAUAUGGACCCAAGUGGGCCCAGAAGAAGAGAAUGAGAAAAGUCUCUUAAAAGUUAAAAUGGUAGCAGAAAGUUUUCAUACUCACAUGAUUGGAAGGAACAGGAAGUGACGGCUUUUUCAUGGACGCUGUCACGUCUCCAAGUUCUAUUUUUAGAUGUAAUAAUAACCACCCCUCCUAACUUUUGGACUUGCAACAUCAAAACCAAGAGAUCUCGUUGGUAAUUUUUUGUUAUCAUAAUCAUUGUAUUUGCAAAUUUUGAUAUUAUGCAGUCUAAUUGGUAUGUAUUUACCUGCAUCUUCUUGAAAAAGUAUUGUGCUUUAAUUUCAUAGAUCUUCGUCUUCAA